AUGGAACUAGAAGUCAAUAUGUCAAUGGGAACAUUGGUAUUAUUCAUUGAGCAGGAUACAUGGGGGCAAAUGGUUGUGGCCUGCGUUAGGGUUAGAGAUGAUGGUGACGAAGGCGUCACAAAACUUCAAAGAGCUCUAAAAAUGGUGAAGUUGACAAUCGGUAGCAUUGGUGACUCUUUUAGUGCAGUUUCAGUCAAGUCUUACUUGGCUGAGUUCAUUGCCACCCUUCUUUUCGUCUUUGCAGGUGUCGGGUCAGCUAUUGCUUAUGGUAAGCUCACAGCAGAUGCAGCACUAGACCCCGCAGGAUUAGUUGCAGUGGCAAUAGCCCAUGCAUUUGCACUCUUUGUUGGGGUUUCAAUAGCAGCCAACAUCUCCGGAGGCCAUUUGAAUCCAGCUGUCACCUUCGGAUUGGCUAUUGGUGGUAACAUCACCAUCAUAACCGGUUUAUUUUAUUGGAUUGCCCAACUUCUUGGAUCCAUCGUCGCAUGUUUCCUCCUACAAUUUGUCACCGGUGGCCUGGCCGUUCCAACCCACGGAGUUGCUAGUGGGAUGAGCAGUAUUCAAGGAGUCGUGUUUGAGAUCAUCAUAACUUUUGCUCUUGUCUACACAGUCUAUGCCACCGCUGCUGACCCUAAAAAAGGAUCACUCGGAACCAUUGCACCCAUCGCAAUCGGUUUCAUUGUUGGAGCCAACAUUUUGGCUGCUGGAGCUUUCAGUGGUGGCUCAAUGAACCCAGCUCGAUCAUUCGGCCCUGCGGUCGUUAGUGGAGACUUUUCACAAAACUGGAUUUACUGGGUCGGCCCACUUAUCGGUGGUGGGUUGGCUGGAUUCAUCUACGGUGAUGUUUUCAUUGGAUCAUACGAUACACUUCCAACCUCAGAGGACUAUGCUUAA